GCUUGCUACGAUACAUUUACGAGCGUCUGUCAGAAGCAGCAACCACCAAAUUCAAAAUGGGGGCUAGCAAACGGAAGCAGGAGAAGACUCAAUCGGCGACUACUCACAAGAAGCCGAGAGUUAGUGAGCCCAAAAUCGAGAGCAAAACGAGCAAAAAAUCUGUUCUUCCGCCACGAGUUGUCGAGAGUGACUCGGACGAACCGGAUGAGGGGGGUGAGGAGGAGAUUGGCAAUUCCGAUGAAGACAGUGAGGAAGAGUUUGGUGGAAUUGAGGACGCAGACGAAGACGAGGAAAUGAAUACCGGCGACAAGGAGAAAUCAAAAAAUCCAGGGAACGGAGCAAGUGGAUCUUCAAAGUCGAAGGAAUCGCACACGGAACAAAAGCGCCUCGCCGCCGAACGCAAACUCGCAAAACCCUAUGGAGAAAUCAUCACCCGCAGCAAGCGCAUCUGGGAGCAGUUGCGCCGGACAAAGCUCGCACCAGAGGAGCGCAAGAAGCUCAUUGCUGAACUAGGCCAGUUGAUCAAGGGCCGUGUGAACGGCCUCGUUUUUAGACACGACGCAUCAAGAAUCGUACAGUCUGCGCUGAAGUAUGGGGACAAAACGACCAAGACGAAUAUUACCACCGAACUGAAGGGCAGUUAUGUCUCUUUGGCGCAGAGCAGUUAUGGAAAGUACCUUGUUGUCAAGAUAUUGCACUACGGCACCCCCGAAAACAGGAAAAUGGUGGUUCAAGAGUUCUAUGGACACGUCCGGAAACUCACCAAGCACCGUGAAGCAGCAUUAGUGAUUGAGGAUGUAUUCCGAGAGUAUGCAACACCCCAGCAGAAAUCUGCGCUAUUGCAGGAAUUUUAUGGCGUGGAGUUUGCAAUUUUCAAGGAUUUGAAGCACAAGCCCUCCUUGAAGGAGCUCUUGGAAAAAUCACCGGAAAAACGGACUGUUAUAAUGAAGAGUCUUUUCGACCAGAUUCAUGGUGUUAUUAAGAAGGGCGCUACUAUCUUCACCAUCCUGCAUAAGGCCAUGCUGGAAUACACGUUGAACACCCGGGCGGGAACAACAGAAACAACAGAAUUCAUGGAGCUUGUCAAAGAGCAUGUCGCAGAUAUUGCCUUUACCAAAGACGGAUCCCAAGUGGUCAUUAGAUGCAUGGCCCUAGGAACCGCAAAGGAUCGGAAAGUUAUGAUCAAAGCCCUAAAGCCAGAGGCAAUCUCACUGGCAAGAAGCGAGUACGGCUACCUCGUGCUCCUGUCAAUCCUCGAGACAGUUGAUGACACAGUCCUGGUAGUAAAAAGCCUGCUCCCGGAGUUCCAGAAGCGGCUGCAGGAGCUUGCUUGCGACAAGUAUGGGCGCACGCCACUUUUGUACCCAUUCUCGGAGCGUCACCCGAGAGUGGUGCCUCGGCCAGCACUUGCAGUUUUAGAAGAGAUAGAAAAGCUCCGCGAGUCUACUAGCAAGAAGGAUCCAGCGACCCGCCAGAGUGAACUCCGAACUCACUUCUCCCAGCCGUUCCUACAGUGCAUCGCCGAGCACGCAGAAGAACUAAUCCGAGACUCUUUCGGAUGCCAAUUCAUCACAGAGGUAUUACUCGGUAGCACAGGCGAUAAAUCCCCCGCCCUACAAGCCCUCGCUAGCACCGCUGCCGGGAACCCAAAGACUGCAGACGACGGCGACGACCCACACGUCGUAAACACAGCUGCCGUCGGACGGAUGUACAAGACACUAGUCACGGGCGGGCACUACUCUUCCAAAGAAAAUAAGGUGAUAUCAAUCACCCCCCCAUUGAAUUUCCACUCCCUCCUGUGGGAGCAGAUCCGCCCUCAUGUCAAUGCCUGGGCGGCAGGUGCGGGGUCGUUUGUCGUAGUAGCGCUACUGGAAGCUGAGGGAUUCCCAGCGAGACAGGAAGUGGUUAAGGCACUCAACAGGAAGAAACUGCGCAAAGCGGCGGAGGAGGCGGGGAAUAAAGGUGCCAAUGUCAUGUUGGGCAUACUGGAGGAGGGAGGAGGAGGUGGAGGAGCGAAGGGGAGCGAGGCGAGUUGACGCGCUGUAUGAUAGCUGGCUCAGUUAGCGGUAGUAUGUACAAAAUGAAGUAAAAAGUUCUGC